UCAACAUUUCUACUACUUCUCUCCACCACCGCCCAUGGCUCCGCCUCCUCCUCCGUCUCCGUCUGCCUCCUCCACCGCCACUAACUCUCCCGCUUCCACUUCUUCCUCCUCCUCGUCUCUCCCGCCGAUUCCCCUCUCCUCCAUCGCCGGCGCUGCUGCUGCUUCCUCUUCCAACAUGCUGAAUUAUCUCUGGAUUCCCCUCCUCAUCGCUCUUUCCAAGGAGUUGAGCUCCUCCGCCAACGCUCAGUCUACUGCGUCACAGCUUCUCUUGCCGAGUGUGACGGAUGCUUACGCUACGGUUCCGCGGUGCCCCUCCGGGGACCCCAAUCUCAACUUUCGGCCGGUUAUCGGGAUCCUUAGCCACCCGGGGGAUGGCGCCUCUGGUCGUCUCAAUAACGAUACUAAUGCUUCGUAUAUCGCUGCUUCUUAUGUGAAGUUUGUUGAGUCUGCUGGAGCUAGGGUUAUUCCGCUUAUCUACAAUGAACCGCCGCAGAUUCUUAACGAAAAACUCAAUUUGGUUAAUGGAGUGAUCUUCACAGGAGGGUGGGCGAAAAGUGGUCUCUACUUUGAGGUUGUUGAGUCUAUUUUUAAGAACAUCCUGAGGAAGAAUGAUGCUGGAGACCAUUUCCCUUUGCUUGCCAUAUGCUUGGGUUUUGAACUGUUAACAAUGAUCGUCAGUGAGGACAACAACAUCCUGGAGCAAUUUAGUGCAGCAGAUCAAGCUUCGACAUUGCAAUUCGUGGAAAACAUAGAUAUUAAUGGAACUGUAUUUCAAAGGUUCCCUCCGAUUUUGCUAAAGAAGCUGAAUACAGAAUGCCUUGUGAUGCAGAAUCAUCGGUAUGGGAUAUCACCUGAAAAGUUCCAAAAGAAUAAGAGUCUAUGCAGUUUCUUCAAGAUCUUAACAACUAGUGUAGAUGAAGAUGACAAGGUCUAUGUUUCAACGGUUCAGGCCUGCAGAUACCCCGUGACUGCUGUUCAGUGGCACCCAGAGAAAAAUGCUUUCGAGUGGGGCUUAUCAAGGAUUCCACACUCAGAAGAUGCAAUUCAAGUCACUCAACAUGUUGCCAACUUUUUUAUAAGGGAGGCUCGGAUGUCUAUCAACAGGCCACCUGCCAAGAAAGUGCUCGAUAACCUCAUAUAUAAUUACAGUCCCACUUAUUGUGGAAAGGCCGGGAGGGGAUUUGAUGAGGUUUACAUUUUCAGCUAGGCGUAUCGUCCGCAUGUACAUAUUGAUGUAUCCUUGCCGUUGGCUGUAAAAUCAAGAUGCUUACAAUAGUUUGAUUUUGGUGCUAAAAAAUGAGCAUUGAAGAUAUUUGCAUGUGGCCCUUAAACUUGGAACCAAGAAAACGGUUUACAUUUAUCAUCUCAGUAUAAACUUCAUUCUCAGCAGAAUAAAGAAAAUCGAAAUUGG